UGCGUGUUUUCUCGUUAUCUCCGUUAUCCGGGGUAGUAUGUAGUUUGUGUAAUUUUCGCGGCUGGUGCGUGUUGCAGUGAACGUCCGGCGUGCGCAAGAAAGGGCUAGUUUGCCGGUGACGCGUGCGUUCAACGAAUUAUUUUUCACGCCCCCUAUUAGUAACUGCAUCUAUCGUUUAGAAUUGAAGCGCUCUCUAGUAGGUCUUAUCAUAAUUCUAAUGAAAUCUUUUUCCACUCGCACAACCAAUUUGAAAGUAAUACUUACGUUCGAUACGUAACCGUAAAUAUUUUAAAUAUUAUUUUUUUUUUAAUCAUACAAACUCGCGAUACAUCAUGCCACCGCAGUUAGCAAAGAAAAAGCAUGCUAAAUAUUUCCAGAGGUUAUUGCAAAUUAUGCCCAAUUCAUGUUCAGCAGAAUUUGACUGCUCUAGACUUGCUGUGGCGUUUUUUGCUAUAUCAGGAUUAGACAUAUUGAAUUGCUUGAAUGAUCUUAGCGAACAAACUAAAUUAGAGGCAAUAGACUGGAUCUAUGGGCUUCAAGUAACCGGAGCUGGACCACGCUCCGGCUUUCAGCCUUCGACAACAAUACCAAAGGAUGCUCCAAAGUAUCAAUGUGGUCAUUUAGCAAUGACAUAUAUUGGAUUAGUUACUCUCUUAAUUCUUGGAGAUGAUUUAAGUCGAGUCGACAGAGAAUCUAUUAUUGAAGGAAUGCGAGCAUGUCAAAAUCCAGAUGGAUCAUUUACAGCUAUUAUAACAGGAUGUGAAAGUGAUAUGAGGUUUCUUUACUGUGCUUGUUGUAUAUCUAUAAUUUUAAAUGAUUGGUCAGGCAUUGACAAGACAAAAGCAAUUGACUACAUUUUAAAGAGCAUUUCAUAUGAUGGAGCAAUGGGCCAAGGACCUGGUCUUGAAUCACAUGGAGGAUCUACAUUUUGUGCUGUAGCUAGCCUAUUUCUCAUGAACGAACUUCAUAAUGUAUUGACAAAUGAUCAAUUAAACAGACUAAAAAGAUGGUGUCUUAUGAGGCAAGAUAGUGGCUUUCAUGGGCGACCCGGAAAACCUUCUGAUACUUGUUAUAGUUUUUGGGUGGGAGCAACUCUACAAAUGCUUGAUAUUAACAAAUUAUCAGAUCCUGAUGAAAAUAGGGCAUUCCUGCUUGAAACUCAAGAUAAUAUCGUGGGAGGAUUUGGAAAAUUUGCUGACUGUCUCCCAGAUCCUCUUCAUACUUAUCUAGGUUUAUGUGGUUUAAGCCUCUUAGGAGAAACUGGUUUAUGCGUAAUGAACGCUGCGCUUAACAUCUCUGAUCGAGCGUAUAAACAUUUACUAAAAAUUCAUGAAGUAUGGUAAUGCAGUUAACAGUCGUAUAAAGUAUUUGCAACAACUGAAUAUCAUAUCCAACGCACAGAGCUUAAAGUACGAAGGAAAAGUAACAUUUUUGCAUUUCCAUGGAUCCUAUUUGUACAGUUUCCACAGAUCCUCUGUGCCUAGAAUUGUUAUUCCAAAAGCGUCAAUUAACAAAAAUAUUAUGAUUUUGAGGUAUGUUAUCAAUUAUUCUGUUUCAAUUAAGACAUUUGUUGAACAUGUAUCCAAAGCACAUAUUGAAAAUAAGAGGAAAAACAAUAGCAUAAUUUAAAUGCAUCUUAAAGUGUCAUUAAGUAUAUACAAAUUUUAAAAAUUCUAAUAAAAACAACAAAAAAAUA